AACGUGGUCCAAAACCAUUCCUGGCAAGGUUGAAUUCUUCUCCAGUGAGGGUUCGGACACCUCUAUUCCCAUCCCCAUCGUGCCGCUUCCAGGUGUAGAUGACUCUUACCCACCCCAGAAGAAAUCUUUCAUGAUGCUCAAAUACAUGCAUGACCACUACUUGGACAAAUACGAAUGGUUUAUGAGAGCUGAUGACGACGUUUACAUCAAAGGAGACAAACUGGAGAACUUCCUGAGGAGUUUGAACAGCAGCGAGCCCCUCUUUCUUGGGCAGACCGGCCUCGGCACCACAGAGGAGAUGGGGAAGCUGGCGCUGGAGCCAGGCGAGAACUUCUGCAUGGGGGGACCAGGAGUGAUCAUGAGCCGGGAAGUCCUGCGGAGAAUGGUGCCCCACAUUGGCGAGUGCCUGCGAGAGAUGUACACCACCCAUGAGGACGUGGAAGUAGGCAGAUGCGUACGGAGGUUUGCAGGAGUGCAGUGUGUAUGGUCCUACGAGAUGCAGCAGCUGUUCUAUGAAAAUUAUGAGCAGAACAAAAAAGGUUAUAUCCGAGACCUGAGGAACAGCAAAAUACACAGAGCUAUAACGCUGCACCCCAAUAAGAACCCCCCGUACCAGUACAGACUUCACAGCUACAUGUUGAGCCGCAAGAUAGCAGAGCUGCGCCACCGGACUGUACAGCUGCACCGGGAAAUUGUCCUGAUGAGCAAAUACAGCAAUACAGAAAUCCACAAAGAUGACCUGCAGCUGGGGAUGCCACCCUCCUUCAUGCGAUUCCAGCCCCGCCACCGGGAAGAAAUCUUGGAGUGGGAGUUUCUUACAGGAAAGUAUUUGUAUUCGGGUGCCGACGGGCAGCCCCCUCGGAGAGGAAUGGAUUCUUCUCAGCGUGAAGCGUUGGAUGACAUUGUUAUGCAGGUCAUGGAAAUGAUCAACGCCAACGCUAAGACCCGGGGGAGGAUCAUAGAUUUCAAGGAAAUACAGUAUGGCUAUCGCCGAGUAAAUCCCAUGUACGGAGCAGAGUACGUUCUUGACUUGUUGCUUCUGUACAAAAAGCAUAAGGGGAAGAAGAUGACCGUCCCUGUCAGGAGGCACGCGUACUUGCAACAGACAUUCAGCAAGAUCCAGUUUAUGGAGCACGAAGAGAUGGAUGCCAAAGAGCUGGCCAGCAAAAUCAACCAGGAUUCUGGAUCCUUGUCGUUCCUCUCCAACUCGCUGAAGAUGUUUGUUCCCUUCCAGCUCAUCAGAUCAAAAUCAGAGAGGAAGGAACUCAAAGACAAGAAGAUCAACAUCCUGAUUCCUCUCUCCGGACGUUUUGACAUGUUUGCAAGGUUCAUGGGAAAUUUUGAAAAGACGUGCCUCAUUCCAAACCAGAACGUCAAGCUGGUUGUCCUGCUUUUCAAUUCCAACUCCAACCCUGACAAAGCAAAGCAGAUUGAGCUGAUGAGAGAUUACCGCUCCAAAUACCCCAAGGCUGACAUGCAGGUUUUACCGGUGUCAGGGGAGUUCUCGAGGGCACUGGCUCUGGAAGUCGGAUCUUCUCAGUUCCAGAACGAGUCUUUACUUUUCUUCUGUGAUGUUGACUUAGUGUUUACCACGGAAUUCCUCCAGCGGUGUAGAGCCAACACAGUUUUGGGUCAACAAGUAUACUUUCCCAUCAUUUUUAGCCAGUAUGAUCCAAAGAUUGUUUAUAGUGGAAAAGUUCCUAGUGACAAUCACUUUGCCUUCACCCAGAAAACAGGUUUCUGGAGGAACUAUGGCUUUGGUAUUACCUGUAUUUACAAAGGUGAUCUUCUUCGAGCGGGUGGCUUUGAUGUCUCCAUCCAAGGCUGGGGCCUUGAAGACGUAGACCUAUUUAACAAAGUCAUUCAAGCUGGCUUAAAAACUUUCCGAAGCCAAGAAAUUGGAGUAGUCCAUGUGCAUCACCCUGUUUUUUGUGACCCUAACCUUGAUCCAAAACAAUAUAAAAUGUGCUUGGGGUCCAAAGCUUCAACUUAUGGGUCCACGCAACAGCUGGCUGAAAUAUGGUUUGAAAAAAAUGACCCAAAUUUUGGGAAAAGCAGCAAUACAAAUGGCUCAGUGAGGACAGCCUAAUGUCCAGCUAUGCUGGAAAAGACUCUUUUUUUAAUUAUCUAAUUUAUUUUUGGGAAAAUGGUUUUUGAUAAUUCACUUUUAAAAGACCACACAGGAUAUAUUUUAGAAA